CCACCCCUGUGAGAAAAUGUAGUUAUUGUAGUCUGUAUGUUUUGCAAGUUCAGUUCAGACCAAUUCUUUACUACCCAGAAAAAUUAUAUCACAAUUUACCUAUUUGCAACAGCAAGGUUAUGGUUAGAAGGUAGAAGUGCUUUGGUAAUGUCACGGAUGAAAAAUUCCUGAGUCGAGAAGUGUAAUUUUUCCAAAAUGGCGGAUUUCCAACCUUUGGAGAACUACUUUAGCGAAGAAAUGUCAAACGAGGAACACAAAAUUUCUACAACCGUAACUGAAGGCACAAAAGACACUACAGCAAACGGAGAGCCUAGUGAUAUUAGUUCUACAAGACAUACAAAACACGAAGAAGCUGACAUCCUAAGGAGACAGGGGGUUGUUGACUUUGAAAGCUUUGGGUACAACGACCUCAAAGAAUUCGACCCGAUUUUAUCGUCUGCAAAGAAUGGAGAAAAGCUAGAGGCUAAAGGAAGCAGCGAUAAAGGACUUAUUGUCUCAGGCAAUGAGAGCUCUUUAAGGCAUACCGCGCCACCGGGGUUAUUAUCUGCAGAGGAAUCUAACGGUAGAGAUUUUGCCAUGAGUGGAAGGUUUGUGUUGGUCACAGAUAAAGACAGCGCUGCUUUCGGCCAGUCUUUCGAGUACAGUAGAUACGAUGCAGAACUGGAAAAGGCAGCCAAAAAAGAACUAGAACAAUUAGAUAAAGAAAAGGACAAUCUGCCUGCUACAGUAGCUUCUACAUUCUACCCAUCACUUUCUCUCAAUGAUGACUUUCAUGGGGUGGCGAGACAUAGAAUAUUGUCUGUUUCAGGUGCGGACAAGAGUGGACGUCUUGUUAUUGUUUUCUCGGCUAGUAGGAUCCCCCCCAUCCAUUGUAUAGAUCACCACAUGCUGUUUUUGUAUAUGAAGCAUACUCUGGACCAGUACGUGGAGAGUGACUAUACUAUUGUCUACUUCCAUUACGGUUUAACCAGCAAGAACAAGCCUAACUUUUCCUGGCUGCAUCAGAUCUACAAAGAGCUAGACAGAAAGUACCGCAAAAAUGUCAAGGCACUCUUUAUCGUUCAUCCAUCCAACUUCAUUAAAGUUCUUUGGGGAUUCUUUCGAAAAAUCGCCAGUCUGAAGUUCGCCAAGAAGGUCACUUACAUCAACUACUUGCAAGAGCUGGCAGAGCACGUGCAACUCAAUCAGAUCGACAUUCCAGAAGAAGUGCUGGAGCACGAUGCCCGCAUAGCCGUGAGAUACAAGCCUAAGGUUGGCCAGUCCGUUUUCCAUACCACCAUUCCAGAAAUUCCAAAAACGCAGCAGUUUGGUGUUGCACUAUCCUGGUUGCGUGAAACAAACAAUGGGGAAGUUAUUCCGCGAGCUAUACGCACAUCAGUGGAGUUCAUCCAAGAAAACGGUCUUGAUGUGGAAGGGAUAUUUCGUCGAUCCGCAAACAGCCAGAUGGUGAAGCAAGUCACGGUAAUGUUCAACCAGGGCACACCUGUAGACUACACCGAGCUUGGCGACGUGCACUGCGCUGCGGCUAUCAUCAAGAAGUUCCUACGAGAACUCCCCGAACCUCUCCUCACAUACGAACUCUGUGACGUGAUCAAUGAGAUUGUUGCUCUCGGCGACCGCGAUAAGAAGCUAAUGGAGACGUGGAGCGCUUUGCAUAACAGGCUGCCCGCCGAAAACUUCGCUCUUCUAAAAUUCAUCAUGGAAUUCCUGCAAGAGGUCCAGCAGCAUCCAGCCAAUAAGAUGACAGCAAGUAACUUAGCGAUUGUUUUCGGACCUAACCUUAUCUGGGGACGGACCGCCGCUUCUUCCCUUGACGCCAUGGCCCAGAUCAACACCUUUACCUGUCUUGUACUCGAGAACACAGAGUAUUUAUUCAGCGAACCCGAGACACAGGCAGGCAGCUAGUGAAUAGGUAAUAUCAAUUUAAAAACACAUAUAAAUCGCAGGCUUAGAGUACCAGUGAAGAUACGCUUUUUUUCUAUGAUAGGUGCCCAGAAAACAAGCAGGGUUUUUGCAGUGAACCCGAGACACAGGCAGGCAGCUAGUACCAGUGAAGAUACGCUUUUUUUCUAUGAUAGGUGCCCAGAGAACAAGCAGGGUUUUUGCAGGGAACCCGAAGCACAAGUAGAUAGCUCUUGAAUAGAUAUGGCAAAAAUUAUAGACUGUGAAUUACAGACUUGAAACUCUUUGUUUGCCCGAAAACACUGUGUCCAUGUCUAUAUGAAUGGUGUUUUAGAACAGAGGCCGCCGAAAAGUGGGUCAUUUCUUAUUUAAUGAUCGUGAAAAGCUAUCCUAUCUCCAUAUAUGAUACCUGACGAAAUCCUGGGGAACCAACUGAUUAAUUGUCUAGAGCUCUUAUAAUAUCUGAAUACGGAUAAAUAUAUGUUACCAGAAGAGUUUAUUAGACUCUCUUCUAAGACAUUUUAAAUAUUUCUAUAAAUUGAUACUCGGAUGCAGGGUGUUUAAUACUGCUUCAAUGGUGCUAUCGUUAAUAAUCCCACUGCUAAGCAGCUUUCUGCCUUCUGUCAAUCAAACUGACGGAAUUACAUUUGGUCAGCGCCUUGCGGAGAGUGAUUUGAAACAACCAUUUACGUGCAAAUGAAAACGCUUCAAGGGUUUCCCAAGACGGAAGCCAGCAGUCGAAAGUUCGUAGAAUAACUUUAAUUAUUAAAAAAGCGCAGUAAGAAAGGCCGAGGCACAGGCAGAAAACAGGUAAAUCGAAAUGGUAGAAUAUCAUUUGCAGACACAGAACUCAGUAACGCGUAGGCCUUCCCUGUGCGGAUGAAAUAACAAAUAUAAUGUUUCCAUGAAUUUGUAUUUGGGAACUUAAAGUACACAUGGAUCGGCAGUCAGCACGGAACCCCGUUAAAUUUAAUUUACCCUCGAAGUAAAAGCAAAAAAGUUUUAGUUA